AUGGCGGAGCACGUGUCGCAGCACUUCACCAGUUAUUGGAGCUUUGACCAGUUUUCGCAGCAGCUGGCCAUCCAUGGCUUCGAGCUCCGGAUCUUGGUUUCCAUGCUGAAGACCCCUGCGCGGGUCCGCGCGCUCGAGCUGCAACACACCGAUCUGGCGGACACGGGCACGGUGAUCCUCGCCGAGGCGAUCAAGGUGAACCACACGGUGAGCCAUGUGGCCUUGCGAUCGAACCUGAUCGCGAAGCGCGGCGCCACUGCUUUGGCCGAAGCGUUGCGAAGCAACGAGACCUUGGAGAGCUUGGACAUGAACUCCAAUGAGAUUGGCGAGCGAGGUGCAGAGGAGCUUGCAGAAGCCUUGCGGGUAAAUAAGACCUUGGACACAUUGGACUUGGGGAACAACCAGCUGGGCCCAAAGGGUCUGGUCCCCCUGGCCGAGCUGCUGCGGCGGAACCGCAACCGCUCGCUGCGGCACCUGGCCUUGGGGAACAACAACAUCGGCCCAGAUGCAAUUGUUUUCCUUGCAGGUGUGCUGAAGAAGAACCACACCCUGGUGGACUUGUCCUUGAAUGUCAACGAUGUUGGUGACAAAGGUGCAGAGGCCUUGGGUGAGGCCUUGAGCAGCAACAGCUGCUUGCAGCGUUUAGAUCUCAGCAACAACGGCAUCAAGGCUGCAGGAGCGGUGGCGUUCUUCAAUGGCCUCAAGAAGAACACUUGUUUGGCGCAGCUCAUCAUGGAGCUCAAUCCCAUCGGCGUCGCAGGAGCCACGGUGUUGAUGGAGGUCCUCCGGGUUCAUCCAGCGCUGCAGUUCCUGGAUAUGCGCUUGACGGACCUGGGCAAUGAAGGCUGUAUCCAAGUCGCUGAGGGCUUAAAGGUCAGCCAGGCACUCCAGCACUUGGACUUGAGCUACAAUCAGAUUUACGACCGAGGUGGAGUGGCGUUGGCCGACGCCCUGCGGCAGAACCGGAGCUUACAGGAUUUGCUCCUGCGUACGAACCAACUGGGGGACGCAGGCGUGAUUGCCUUGGCCGACGCCAUCCACAAGCACCGGACGCUACAGUCGGGAGUGGCAGCACUGGCGCGCUCCUUGCAGAAAAGCAAAGCGCUUCUUCAGUUGUCCUUGGACUUGAACUGCAUCAAGAAUCAAGGUGCGGCGGACCUGGCGCAAGCGCUCACCGUGAAUCGGAGUCUGCUGAUCUUGCGCAUUUGCUCCAAUGAAAUUGGGGAGCAAGGUGCAGUGGCCCUUGCAGAUGCCUUAAGACAGAACUGCACCUUGCAGCAGCUCAUAGCCAGCUCCAACCUCUUCGGGCAGCACGGUGCCACGGCGCUGGGCAGCGCCCUGCGCCACGGCGCCCAGCAGCUGCAGACCUUGGACCUCCGCUCCAACGGCCUGGGCGAUCCAGGGGCCCCCUGGAGGAUGAGCGAGGGGAGCGGUGGUGGGUCGGUCGAGCUGAGGAGGAACCGAGGAUCGACGUUAGGAUGA